CCGCGACAAGGAAAUCGCCUUCCUGUUCCUGUACUGGUGACAGCAAAAAAAAAAAAAAAAAACAACUGGAGGAGAAGCGGCGCCGGAAGUACCGGGAGGAAGGGGAGCCCAGGGCGGCGGAGACGGCACGACGAGGAGCGUACACGGAUCAUGGAGUCUCUGUAAUUAGCGGAGGAGCUCAGGGCUCAGACGGGAGACGCCGAUCUGAGGCCACGCUGCUCCAGAAACAAGCCUCGUCUCCUCCCGCUCCCACGUGAAAAUGGCAGACCGCUGAGGGUCAUGUGACACAGUGCAACCAUCAGCAGCUUCCAUUGAAACGCACAGCGCACGCGCUGGUUUCCUGGAAGUCCAGGUGAUGCGCAAGGGCAGGUUAAAGUAUUCGCUUGUCUCACUGCCAGGCAGCGCCGCCUGCCCGGGUGGUGGAUGUCCAUGUGCAGUGGAGGUGUGAAUGAGCGAGGAGGGCUCCCCCGCUGCUCUCGCUGACACGGUCCUGCGCUUCCUGUGCCAUGAUGACAUAGACUCAGUGAAGGAACUAUGUGCCGACUGGUUCCCCAUCGAGUACCCGGAUUCCUGGUACAGAGACAUCACAUCAAACAAGAAAUUCUUCUCCCUGGCAGCCACCUGCAAUGGGCAUAUAGUGGGCAUGAUUGUAGCGGAAAUAAAGAGCAGGACCAAAGUGCACAAAGAGGAUGGGGACAUCUUGGCGUCCAGCUUCUCCAGCGACACACAAGUGGCGUACAUACUGAGUCUGGGCGUGGUGAAGGAUUUCAGGAAACAGGGAAUUGGUUCCCUGCUGCUGGAAAGCUUGAAGAGCCACAUCUCCAGCACAGCCCAAGACCUGUGCAAAGCUCUGUACCUGCAUGUGCUGACCACCAACAGCAACGCCAUCUGCUUUUACGAGAACCGACACUUCCAUCAGCAUCACUAUCUGCCGUACUACUACUCCAUCCGUGGGGUGCUGCAAGAUGCCUACACAUACGUGCUAUAUCUCAACGGAGGGCACCCACCCUGGACUGUGAUUGACUAUCUGCAGCACCUGGGUUCUGCUCUGGCCGGUCUCAGCCCGUGCUCGCUCCCGCAGAGGAUCUACCGCCAGGCUCACACUCUGCUGCGUAGUUUACUCCCCUGGUCUGGCAUCUCGGCCAAGAGUGGCAUUGAAUACAGUCGCACCAUGUGACAACAGAUUUAAGCCACCACCUGGCUGCACAUCUCUGUGACUGCACUCUGGAUUCUCGAGGAGCGACACCAUCAUAGGAUACAGGGUCUGUUGCAUCUUCCGCUCCCUCGGCAGGCCGCGAUCUGUCCUGCCCCUGCACACAACUUUUAUUUGCAGGAACUUCUAAUGGGAUCUCUUUACCGUAACCGUUAGUUCUGUCUGGCUGCUAUAACCCUCAUCGUUUCCUAACAGACUUUAAAAGGAGAUCCCGUUCUCUCCGGCGACACAGGAAGCAGCCUACAUUCUGCCCUCUUUUUUGUAGCCUGGAGCUGCAUGUUUUGUUUUUUUAUUUGUAUUUUUUUUUUUUUUAUACAAUUUUUUUUCUUCUUUACAAAUCAGUUGACUUUGGUGUCCACGCGGUUGCAGAGUUUCACCUAUAUGGCAAGUGACGGGUGGAGGAGAGAACUAUGCAGCGGCCUCUGCUAUGUAGAGGACAGAAUCACCUUGCCCCUUGAUGUCUUCCUUUUGCGUCGUGUGUGUGGCAUCAGGAUUGUACGGUCUGAGAAGCAGUCCCGGUGCCCACUCCCGAUGCGGCAUAUGUACAUUGGGUUUCUAUUAACAUGACAUCCAGAAAGAACAAAAGGUGGAGACAUAAAAACAUCUUGGCAUCCGACUCCAAGGUCAUUCAUGUCUUUUUUUUUUUUUUUUUUACCCUAUUGGUAAGAGUGGGAGCCAUUUUUAUUGCUUCUCCAACUGUAGUGCAUCCUCACUGUACCCAUAUCUUUCUUAUCUUUACAAAAAUUUGAUUAUGAAGAUGGAGAAAACUAUGGUUUGAUAGCUGCCAUGCUUCCUUGCCCUUUCUCCUGCCCAGUUUAUUUGCAUGCAGGGCAUAGACCUAAGGCUGUGUUCACAUGGCAGAUUUUAACGGUCAAAAUCCGCUGCAUAUUCUGCAACAGAAACAAUCUCGGUUUUACAAUUUCAGUGCUUUGGACCUGAUUAUGGUUUAAAAACUGAAUGGCGCUAAACUGUGAGCAGACUGCUGCAGUGGUUUUCCAUAUCCAUUCUUGGCAUGGUCUGGAAAGCCACCCGUAAUGUGCAACCACAUGAACGGCGCUCUGGACUCCCAUUGAAAACAGUGGGGCGUGGUUUAACCCCAGAUGGCACUCUGUGGAAUAUCGGCCAUGUUAAUAUAGCCUAAAACAGACUAGUUGUUAAGGACAUGCUGCAUGACAGCUGGUGCUGUUAGGCACCAUGUCCAUAGCAACCAGACAUGACAGAACUGUUCAUUUUAAAGCAGGACUGUCAUCGUCUAAAAGCAGAACGGCCCCCGUCAGAUAUUCAUCUUGUCUCAGCCCAGAUUUUUCCAUGAAGAAGCGCUGUAAUCUAGCCUUGCCUCUUACGUAAUCCAUCAGGGUACAUUUUAUACUAUUACAGUUAAUUGCCGCAUGUAAUGAGCGACUCUUUCAGCUCCUCCAAUUUUUUCUUUAUUUUUUUAGAAUUGAAUUUGCACUUUUUCACAUACACGUAUUUGCUCAUAGAAGUACAUAUACUAAGUGUAGGAUCUAUACCGUGUCACAAUCAAGUUACAUGCAACUACUGGUAUUAUCUCACCAGCGGCUUCCUGGGAGGGUGGCCUAUGGGGCCCUUGAAGAAAGAGGGGGCCUAGCCCUUAUUGGUCCCAUGGCCUUUGUAAUUAGAUGGUGAAAAACGUAUGCAGGACGCGUCUCUCCAGCGCGCGGGGGGGGGGGACAAAAACCAGGCACAGUAGAAGGCCCAUUUUGAUCUUUGUUUAGGGGCCCUCUCAGCUAUGUAUGCCCACCUCUCUCCAGCCUGUGUUUCGUCUUUUAUCUAUUCUUCAAAAAAGCUUUGCAGGUGCCGUCUGGGUAGAUCAUUGGCAGGUUUUAACCCCUUCCAUUCUGUCAUUUUUAAUCUUUUAAAACAAAUAUUUAGACGGCGGACGAUGGAAAGGGUUGACGCACGACGGUGAGAUUUGUCAGACGUACAUUUGCCGGGUAGGUAGCCAUGAUGAUGCGUGUACUGUACUGAGCAAUCUGCAGAUUUCUCUGUCUCGUGGGUUAUGCCAGAAACUGACUUAUAGCAAAUCUCUCAGACUGGCAUAAAGAGGGUAGGCGUGACCCUGGCGCAGGUGAUAAGACUGUGGUCACAUACCGUACGCACACAACUUUUUUUUUUUUUUUUUGGGCCAAAACUGGGACCAGAUCCAAGCAAUCAAGCCUUCCUUUAUACCUUUCUUCCCUGUUGGAUGUGAACCAGAUUUUAACAAAGAUGACAUCUUGUUAUGUCUAUGUGACUACAGCCUUAAGCUGGCCAUAUACUUUAGAUAGCUUUUUGUUGAUUACUCAUAUGGUUGACAGCUGAUCCUGCCCCCAUACACUUGUACGCUCGGCUGAGCAUGCAUGUGCUCUCAAAGUUGAGCGGUGAAUAAGCUGCUGUCGGCCUCCCCUGGUGACAACUUAUCUUCCUUUUAGAACAAAAGGAUUGGUCUUGUUGAAAUACAACAUGGCUGACCUUUCUUUCCCCUUCCCCUUGUGCAGAGGUGGUUGUCCAUUCCCAACACAAUUGGCGGGUUCAGCCAGCAUUCAUCUGAUGUGUACCCCGAAGAUGGUGUUGGUGGAGAGAAGGAUUAGGCUUGUUGAAUUUCAACCCUCUAUGCUUUUUGUUCUCCCAGGUCUGGCGGCAGCUUUCUCCUCUCUCCCUAUUUGACAACACAUGCAUACUUGGCUGAACUGAGUGUGCAUGUGGGAGAGAGAACUGCUGGCCAGAUGUGUAUGGACACCUUUAGUGUAAUAGUGAAUAAAAAAACUUUCCAACUAUUGCCCCUGACUAGGGACCCCUCUGUUUGAUGUACCCCCGGUCCUUAUAAUUCCUUGUAGUAACAGGAGAACAGAUCUCUGCUGUUUUAACUUUGGGGGGUCCCCUCCCCUGUUUUCCCACAGCAGGAGGCUGCAUCAAUUGACCAUCCGUUCAUGUCAUUUGAACACUCGUUUGGCUGACGGCUGUCUAACCUCAUUUCCCCCCCCCAUACACAUGCAGGCUCGGCCAAGCAUGCAUGUGUUGUGAACUAGAGAGGGGGUAAAGCGGCUGAUUUCAACAGCCUCAACCCUUCUCUCCCUUGACAUCUGCUGGGGAGAGGCCCUCCAUACACAUUAGAUGGUCGGCCAGAUCCCGACGAAAUCGGUGAGUUCCUCUGAUGUAAAUGUAAUGUUUAUGACCAGCUUAUGAUGUAGGCCCCCUUCCUGACAUUAACAGCACAUAGAGGACUUUUUUUUUAAAGUAGUCCAUGCCUUGACCUAUCCAUAUGUUCUGCAUUGCCUAGAUCCUGAACAUGCCGGGUGCGGACUAUGCACCUCUUUUCCAUUAUAUGAUUGUGUGUGUAGUAUAUUUAUUGCACACUUCCACAUACACCUUAUACGUGGCUCAUACCAGUCGUCAUUUAUGUAGAUGGUAUAUAUUCACACACUUCCUCCACAUAGUCGUCCAUGAACAUGUGUAUGUCUUGUAUGUUAGAUUAGACCGCGUGCGUGCGUGCACAAUCUUUCCGUUCUUUUUCUUGGGUUUAACGCCAUCACCACAGCGGUCGUCGUGGUGAAACCUUUUUGGAUGUUUUCUAUUUAUGACAAAUGUGUUGUAAGAUAAUAAAAUCCCCUAGAACCGAA